AUGAGGAGGUGGACGAGGAAAGGGGUAGAAGAGAGGGAAAUGGGCGAACAAGAGAGGCGCAGCGCUCCGGCGGUGAGGAGAGCGGACGAGGGCCGCCGCAGGAUGCCCCCGUUCAAAGAGCCCGGAGGAAAUCGACUUGGAGAAGCCUGGGGCCACUCCAGCCGUACCAGCCCGCUGGAUAAUGUUGGACGGGAACUGGGAUCCCAUCUUUUGCAGACGUUGGACGGUUUCAUAUUUGUCGUGGCUCCGGAUGGCAAGAUCAUGUACAUCUCGGAGACCGCCUCGGUGCACCUGGGCUUGUCGCAGGUAGAGCUGACCGGCAAUAGCAUUUACGAGUACAUCCACCCUGCCGACCACGAUGAGAUGACGGCGGUACUCACGGCCCACCAGCCCUACCACUCGCACUUUGUGCAGGAGUAUGAGAUUGAGAGGUCCUUUUUCCUGCGGAUGAAGUGCGUCCUGGCCAAGAGGAACGCGGGUCUGACCUGCGGGGGUUAUAAGGUCAUUCACUGCAGUGGGUACUUGAAGAUCCGGCAGUACAGCCUGGACAUGUCCCCUUUCGACGGCUGCUACCAAAACGUAGGCUUGGUUGCCGUGGGCCACUCGCUGCCGCCCAGCGCCGUGACGGAGAUCAAGCUCCACAGCAAUAUGUUCAUGUUUCGAGCCAGCCUAGACAUGAAGCUCAUAUUCUUAGAUUCCAGGGUAGCUGAGCUAACCGGUUACGAGCCCCAGGACUUGAUAGAGAAGACCCUUUACCACCACGUCCACGGCUGUGACACCUUCCACCUGCGAUGCGCGCAUCACUUGUGUAAGAGGAUGAUGGAUACUGAAUAUAAAGGACUACAGCUCUCCCUGGAUCAGGUCACUGCUACCAAGCCGGCAUUCUCAUACGCAAAUUCAACUCCAACCAUAACAGAUAAUAGAAAGGGAAGCAAAUCUCGCCUCUCAAGCACAAAGACAAAAUCAAGGACAUCACCAUACCCACAGUAUUCUGGAUUUCACACCGAGAGAUCCGAGUCUGACCAUGAGAGCCAGUGGGGAGGGAGCCCCCUGACCGAUACAGCUUCUCCCCAGCUCCUGGAGCCCGUGGACAGACCGAGCUCCCAGCACCAUGAUGUCUCCUGUGCCUACAGACAGUACUCAGACCGCAGUGCUCUCUGCUAUGGGUUUACACUUGACCACUCCAGGCUGACUGAUGAGAGACAUUUCCAUACUCAGGCCUGUGAAGGAGGCAGAUGUGAAGCUGGCCGAUAUUUCCUUGGCACGCCGCAGCCAGGAAGGGAGAGCUGGUGGAGUUCUCGUUCAGCAUUGCCCCUGACUAAGUCGUCCCCUGAGAGCAGAGAAGUGUAUGAAAACAGCAUGCCCCAUAUAACUUCAGUGCACAGGAUUCAUGGAAGAGGACACUGGGAUGAGGACAGUGUCGUUAGCUCACCCGAUCCUGGCUCUGCCAGUGAAUCAGGUGACCGAUACCGUCCUGAGCAAUAUCAGAGCAGUCCACAUGAGCCCAGCAAAAUUGAAACUCUAAUAAGAGCUACCCAGCAAAUGAUUAAAGAGGAAGAAAACAGACUACAGCUGCGGAAAACGACCCCUGAUCCACUGGUCUCCAUUAAUGGCACAGGGAAGAAGCAUGCUAUCUGUUUUGCAAACUACCCUCAGCAGCAGAUGGCAGGAGAUGUUUGCCGCAUCCCAACAGUUGCCAACACUCCUCCCUGUGAGCACAUCCCACAGCGAGAUGGAAAGAUUAUGAGCCCUCAUGAAAAUGACUAUGACAACAGCCCCACAACACUGUCUAGGAUAAGCAGCCCCAGUUCUGACCGAAUAUCAAAAUCUAGCACGGUACUAGCUAAAGACUACCUGCAUUCAGAUAUGUCCCCUCAUCAAACCUCGGGGGAGCACCCAGCAGCCUCUCCAGAUUAUUACAGCUCCCACAGGCAGUACUUUGAUAAGCAUGCUUACACAUUAACUGGAUAUGCCCUGGAGCAUCUAUAUGACACUGAAACCAUUAGAAACUAUUCACUAGGCUGUAAUGGCUCACACUUUGAUGUGACUUCUCACUUAAGGAUGCAGCAAGAUCCAGCACAAGGACACAAGGGUACAUCUGUUAUAAUAACCAAUGGAAGCUGA